UUCCUGGAGGAGAUCCGGCAGGGCACCAUCGAGCGGGAGUGCAUUGAGGAGGUCUGCAGCUAUGAGGAAGUCAAGGAAGUGUUUGAGAACAAGGAGAAGACGAUGGAAUUUUGGAAGGGCUACACCAACUCUGUCUACUCUGUCAAGGACCCCGGACACAGCCCGGAGCGCUCAGAUGCUAUGUACGUGGUGGUGCCCCUCUUGGGGGUGGCUCUUCUGAUAGUCAUCGCUCUCUUCAUCAUCUGGAGGUGCCAGCUUCAAAAGGCCACCCGCCACCGCCCUUCCUAUGCCCAG